AUGACCGAAAAUACUAGUAAUGAAUUGAAGAUUGAAGAAUUGAAUAUCGACUCUUCGAACAAUAUGGCUGUGGUUCCUGAUACACAUUUGGAGUACAUUUCUGCUGAUUCAGAAUUGACUGAAGAUUUGGACGAUGACACAGAAACAAUCGAUUUGAUUCAUUUGAAAGUUCAUUCUUUGGAAGAUCUGAACCUGUACAGGUUCAAAAAACUUUCUCAACUGUGUCUAAGACAGAAUUUGAUUGAAAGUAUCGGGGAGGUUGAAGUGUUACCAGUGGAAACGAUGACAGAUAUAGAUUUUUACGAUAAUAGAAUUACACAUAUCUCUAGAAAUUUGAACAAAUUGAUAAAUUUGGUCAAUUUAGAUCUAUCUUUCAAUAAUAUCAAGCAUAUCAAGAAUAUUGAUCAAUUGACUAAAUUGGAGAAUUUAUAUUUUGUGCAAAAUAAGAUUUCAAAAGUAGAAAAUCUCUCGACCUUAACGAAUUUAAAGAGUCUCGAACUAGGUGGUAAUAAAAUCCAGGAAAUUGAACCUGAUUCCUUUCAAGGUUUAUCAAAAUUGGAAGAAAUUUGGCUCGGUAAGAAUGCCAUUCCAAGAUUGAUCCAUUUAAAUCAUCUUAAAUCUUUGAAAAUUUUAUCUAUUCAAGGUAACAAAUUGAAAAAGAUUGAAAACCUCGAGGAAUUAGAAAAUUUGGAAGAAUUGUACCUUUCAAAUAACUUCAUAACAAAGAUUGAAAAUUUGGAUAAAAAUUUGAAACUAAAUACUCUAGAUAUUACUUCCAAUAAGAUCACAAAAUUGGAAAAUUUGAAACACUUAACGAAUUUAACUGAUAUAUGGGCAUCCUUCAAUAAAAUUGAUCAAUCUUUCGAGUCCAUUGGAGAAGAAAUAGGUCAUUUACCAAACUUGGAAACCAUUUAUUUGGAGGGAAACCCAAUUCAACUAAAUAAUGAAACAAGCUAUAGAAGGAAAUUGAUAUUGAACUUGGGACCAUCACUAGAGAAGAUAGAUGCAACCCUCACACGUAACUGA